AUGCGCUACAUCCUGAUCGUUUUUGCGGCAACAGUCGCGUGCAUCUAUGCACAAAGCUUCAAGUGUCCGGUAAAGGACGGCCAGUACGAGGAUUCGCUCCAGUGCGACAAGUACUACGAAUGCGUUGAUGGUCGCGCCACCGAACGGCUCUGCCCGGACGGGCUCGUCUUUGAUCCUACCAUUCGCAAGAUCAACAAGUGCGAUCAACCCUUCAACGUUGACUGCGGGGACCGUGUAGAGCUGCAACCGCCGCGUGGAAACAAUCUCUGCCCACGUCGGAAUGGCUUCUUCGCCCAUCCGGAUCCGGCCGUGUGUAACGUGUUCUACAACUGCAUUGAGGGCGAGGCGACCGAGAUCACCUGCACCGCUGGGCUGCACUUCGACGAGUAUACGGGCACCUGUGUCUGGCCGAACGAUGCCGGCCGUCAGGGUUGCAAUCCGGGCGCUAACAAGAAACUGAAGGAUGGGUUCACCUGCCCGAAGGAGCAGAAAACGGAUGAGGCUGGACAGGUGGUGGCUCACCCGAAGUAUGCGCAUCCGACCGAUUGCCAGCGGUUUUACGUCUGUCUGAACGGUGUGGAACCGCGCGAUCUUGGCUGUCAGGUUGGCGAGGUGUACAACGAGGAGACGGAGCGGUGCGAUGCACCCGAGAACGUGCCUGGAUGCGAGGAUUGGUACAAGGAGAGUGAUGAGAAGAAGAACUGA